UCCGAAAGAGUCCUCUCAACUAGAAAGGAAAAAAAAAAGAAAGAGGUAAAUUAAAAAAAAUCACAACAACGUAAACAGACUUUCAUUUUUGUACCUGAAGAGUUUGAGGGAGGAACUUGGUUCCAACAUUGAGGAACAACAUGGCUAAGAGAUCAGAUUUUGCACAGAAGCUGUUGGAAGAUCUCCGGUCGAGGAAGGAACGAAUGGCUGUAUCUCAUAGCUCAGAAGGUUCAAAAUCAGCUGCUCCAGAUGUACAUGCUUAUUCCAAGCAAAUACACAGAGGAUCCAGAGAUAUGAAGACCCAUAGAAGUAAUGGCAUUAGAAGUGGAAGUGUGCACAGUAGAACUAGUGGAAGUAAUAUAGCACUCUCCAUUGAAGAAGUUUCAACAGAGAUUGUUCCAUUUGGGGGAGGUCGAAACUCCGAACAAAUAGGAGAUCUGUCCAUGGCACUGGCUUUUGCCCUUGAGAAUGGCGGAAAGCUCAGAAGAAUGGAUUCGUCUGGCAAUAGUUCAGUGCUAGGUUUCCUGCAUCAAAUUGCAAGAAGACCAGUGGAAGUAAGCAAGAUGGAAAGAAGCGGUAUUGAUAGGCAUCACUCUUCAAGUAACCGUUUUCCUACACUCUCCCAUCUCCACAUCAAAGAAAUAUCAAAAGGUGCACAAAAGUUAAAUCAGAUCCUGAGAGCUUGUUCAAAUGGCCUUAACUUUGAAUCAUAUUCAUUAGAAAUUGGCAAGGAACUACUCAAAGAGGCCGUGGAUUUGGAAGAGUCCUUGAGGAUGCUUGUAAACCUGCAAAAAGCUUCAGAAUACAUGAUCUGCCCACAGAGCAAAUCUCGUAUCACAUUGCUUGAUGAGGAUGAAGAUGACGAUGACACCUCUACCAAAAAAGCUGAGCAUAACCAACUUGCUCUGCCAAGGUUCUCCUUCGACAAGCCCUCAAGAAAUUCUCAUUACAUCCAGAAAGUUGAAAGGACGGAUCUCACGCAGAGGAUAAUGGCUCUGACUUAUUCGUCAGAAGCUGCAAGUUUCAACCAUGACAAGCACAAUUCAAGUACCUCAAAUUCAGUUUCUCACAAGAAAUCAUCUAGCUAUGGCUCAACUUCUAAAACCUUAGCAGCAUUAUCUGAACAGAAGAAUCAGUCGAGUUCAUCAAAAUCCAAUCCAGAGAAGGCGAGAAUUCCAAAUGUAAUUGCAAAACUAAUGGGCCUGGAGGAACUUCCAGAAAAUGCAGAUUCAAAGCACACAAAGAAAGAGUCAAGUUCCAAGCAGAAAACUGAAAUGAAGGUUACAAAUAAAUCUGCAGAAAGAAGCUCCACACGUGAACGCAAGACAAAAGAUGCUGAGAAUUCAGUACCCACAGUAAGAAAACAAAAGCAGAUGCAGCCCAGUCAGAAUAAGAUGCUUCAGGAUCCAAAACAUGCUUUGCAAGCAGAAAAGAAUCUGCCAGAUCACCAUGCUAGCUUUGAAAUGACUAUGCAUGACGGAAAGCAACCGAAGAAGGAUGUGAAUGGGACAAAACCAGAGAAAGGCUCAAAUAAAGCUAACGUGAAAAUGGAAAGGCACCAAAGCAACAUCAUCCAAAUGAACCAAAGCACAGGAAAGCGAAAGAAUGGUCAGGAUAAAGAGAGAGAACAAGAUAAUACUAAGACCAGGGAGCAGAAAGGGAAAGAACAAGGUGAAACAAGAAAGCUAAUCCGAAAGCAUGAGCUGCAGCAGAUGGCAUCACAGGCACAAAUUGGGUCCGAAGCAGCAAUAACAUUGGAAGGGCAAACAGAGCACAAUGCAAGCAUGCUUAAAAUAGAAAACAGAGAUGAAAACUGGCACCUUUCCAAUGAUCAACCAAAGUCUUCCAAUGACCUUGGAUUCCAACAGGCUCACACAUUCCGAAACUUUCAACAACGAGACAUAAAGUAUCAUGCAGGAGAGGGGGAGUGGCAGACUGCUAAGCAGAAGAUUCAAGAUAGAAGUCAAAAGGGAAGUGAAGUAAUGUCCAGGAAUUUUCCCACCCCCAUGAACGACAUUCUGAAUUUCCAAAAAAGACAUUCGCAGAUGAACCAGGCAACUCCUGGCAGUACAAGUUCUAGAGAAUCUGUUGAUGAAAUGCCAUCCAAAGGGUUUCCAACUAACAGGCACCAUGAAGAUCCUGUCUACGAAAGAAUUUCUAAUAAUAACCAUGUUAAAGUGCAAGAUUCAAUGACCAGGUACUCGAAUCAAGAUUCCUCUCCAAUAGAUCCUAAAUAUGAUAUGAUGGAGAAAAGCAGCACUCCAACUAUGGAAGAAAAGGCAGCUCAUUCACCAGCCACGCAGAAGGUGAGAAAUACCAUGGGACAGAAGGCAGAGACCCCUCGAAAGAUGGACGAACUAGCGUCAAGAAAGUGUGGAACUCCAAACAGCUUGGCAAGGCAACAAAAACGUCAAACUUCUGCUUUGCAAGAAGGUAAGCAGAAAAGGCGCUGCAAACUUGGUGGAUCUACAGUCGAACAAGUGACAGCCAUCAGGUCCAGAGAAGCAGAGGCACGCAUUGUUAAAUCCAGCAAAUCAAUGGCGAACAUCCAGCAACCGAAUGUGUUGGAAGAUCUGCAUAAUAAAGAUGAACAAGCUUCCAACUCCUAUAUUCCCGUGGAAGAAGAAAGCCAAAUCCUAAAAGGACCAAAAAUCCUAGUUCCAAAUGACAGCUGUCAAAACACAAUCUCAACAGUGACGAAUGAGCAACAAGGUCAAGAAUUGGGCAGAGAUCAACUGCAAUCUCACAACUUUGUUUUGAAUUCACUUAAUGAAACUCAUCAAACUAGCAAAGAUAUCACAUACCCCUCACAAGUGAAGAACCAAAAAGCAUUGAAAUUGGUGACACCAGAGCCGCUAAAUGAGAGCGAAAAUCACCUAAAGCGGAUCCUGAUAAAAAGUCAACUAUUCCUUAACACAGCUGAGGCACUUUUCAAACUCAACAUACCUUUCGUCGUUCUCCACGCUGGUAGUCAAGACUAUCACGACGAAGAAAGCAAACUCGUAUUAGAUUGUGGAUACGAAAUAAUGAAAAGAAAAGGCAAAAAGCAAGAGCUCAGUGUCCAUCCAUUCAUGAAAAUAUCAGUCACCUCUAUUAAGGUAAAAUCCUUGGACACCUUGGUCAAGCUAUUGUACAAAGACCUCGAGAAGUUAAAACUCUACUGUAGAAAUGGUAAUGCUGAAUGUCUUACUCCUGUCGAAGACUACCUACCGAAAAUGCUCGAAUGUGAUGUGUACAACUGGGAUAUAGAUGUGAAUUGUAUGUGGGACUGUGGUUGGGACAAGAUGAUGUUUGCAUUUCUUGAAAAGGAUGAUGUUAUACGGGAUGUGGAGAAGUUCGUGCUUGAUGGAUUGCUUGAUGAAGUUGCCAAAGAUCUUCUACCAGUAUUCUGAUUGGACUGAAGAAUUAGGACACUACAAAACUGUUUGAGCAGAUUUUUUUUUGUCUUUUCUUUAUUAUUCCUGUGUAUAUUUUAAAGAGAAUUUUGUGUGAAUUGUACAUUUUUUACUUUUUGGCUCAACAAUAGCAAUGCUCAUUUGCAGAGUUAUAUUUGUAUAAUACAAGAGAAGUUCAACCAGA